UGGUGCUGCCCUGCCUUCCAGUAAUGGGAGAACUGUGGUAGAUCUGCCGACGGCAGUGUGAAAAGACCUUAAUCAGAAUCGUGCCCCGCAGCCGUUAAAUCGUGCGCCCCUAGUAGUUGGAUCAGAUUGGCAGCUCCUUGGGAGCAGAGGCCGAGUCGCUAGUUUCUUCCAGUAACGCCACAGCUCAGCCUGUGCUGGCACAUAGUAUGUACCUUCAGUGACCAUUUCUUUGGUCAAUUAAGGUUUCCUCUCCAAACUGCCCUAUGGAAGGAAACGUCAGGGAGGGGUGUUGUUUUACAAAUAGGAAUGCACCCCUCCUGGUGGAAUUUCAAGUAAUGGUUGGGGUUCCACUGCCCUUCUGGCCUUAAAAAUGUAAACUGCCACCUGACAGGGCAAGUGAUUCCUAGAAUGAAUCUUUGAAUGAACUGACCUCAGAGUCUACACGUAAGGGAUAUUUCCUCUGAUGAGAAAUUCAAGUAGACUCAUCAAAGUACUUUGAGUGGUAGAGUUACUGUGUGAGAGAGCAGUAUGGAUUCUUACCUUGCAUUCUUGCAGACAGCGUAGCUUUGUAGAUGCCUUUUAUGUGACUUUAACUAUGAAGCACAAAGAUGUGACAGUAUUGACCCUCUUCAUUUAUUUAAUGCUUCCUGUGUGCAGUUUCUUUGUUUUUCUCUUUGCCUAAAGGUAAGGUAUCAUUAAAGAAGCUUGAUUAUAUUCUCAUUUCAAGAAAUUGUAUACUCAUCAUAUAAAGAAAUUACAUCCAUUGCAUGGAUUCUUUUUUUUUUUGAGUGAAUUCAAACGAUCAAGAGAUGUCUUAUUCAUCAACCUGCCUUCACCUUCUCAUUCUCUCCUCAGGUUCAGUUCACUUUUUCCCUCUGUCAUCAUUCUUCCCUCCCCAGCUAACAUAGUAAAAGUAUUCACAAUUUUAAAAGAGGAGCCAACCAUAUUUAAAUUACCUUCUUUUUCAAUGACAUAAUUUUUGGCAUUAUUGAUAAAAUAGCAGUUUUGAAAUAUGAAGAGAGACCGUGGAAAUUUGGCAGUUGGACAAAUGAAAGUUGAUUUAUUUUAUUUGAACAAAAUUUGUUUCUUCAAAUAUUCAAUAUUGCAGUUUUCCCAAAUAAAAUUUUUUUUCUCAUCGGAGACUGACUUUUUUGGAAUUUUUACUUUUGGACUCAAUGGGGAAUCCUUAAGUCUUGUGAUCAGUGUCAUCAAUAAGAUGGUAGAGGGAAGUUUCAAACUUUCAUCUCUUUUGCACAUUCUUUUCUUGCCAAUUGGAUGGACGAUUUCCAGAAGUUUCUGGCCUAACUCAUGUGCACUAAAAUUCUGUUACAUAACUUUUUAAAAAGCAUGUUUGUAAACUCUAAACUAUUUUGAUGAUUAUUUUAUGAAACUAAAGUUUAGCAUGAAUGAGAGAUAGAAUAAUGACUUUUUAAAGGCAUGAUUUUUACUACCUUAUACAAAUAUAAUAUUGGCAGCAGUCAUUGUAUAGAACUGGACGGGGAAUCAGGAGACCUGGUUUCUUAUCCCUGCUUUGUCACUAACAAGCUGUGUGAUCUUCGAAGCUUAAGUGAAAAUGGUACAUGUUAGAAGACACGAAACAAGGAAAAAUUCUAAAACUCAAGAGCGUGAGCAGAAAUCUCGAGUGGAUUGGAGGCGGACUAAAAGAAGUAGUAUCUCACAGUUACUUGAUAGUGACGAAGAGUUUGACAGUGAGGAAGAGCUUGACAGAGAUGAAGAGUUUGAUAGCAACGAAGAGCUUGACAGUGAUGAAGAGCUUGACAGUAACAAGGGGUUUGAUAGUAAUAAAAAGCCGGAAAAUGAGAGAGAACUUACAUUAAUUAAAGUUGAAAGCAAAGGUAGUAACUGUGAGCAUCUCAUGAACACUGGCAACAGUUCCACAUAUGAAGAAGAAGAAAACAAAAACAAACGUAGAAGUAUUGACUUACCAGAUCAUGAAAAGCUUUUAAGUCAAGAGGAUGAUGAUCUCAAUAAACAUACAGGACAAAUAAUAGAAGAUGACAUAGAAGAAGAACACAUCAAACGAGGGAAGAGAAAAAGGAUCUCCUCAGUUAUGUAUGACAGUGAUGAGAGUGACGACAGUGAUAUCCUCGUUAGAAAAGUAGGUGUUAAACGUCCACGUAGAGUGGUUGAAGAUGAAUGUUCUUCAGUGGAGAUGGAGCAAAAAAAACCUGAAAAAACUUUAGCUGCAAGAAAGCGAGAACAAUUCCAGAAACUGAAAGAACUCUCAAAACAAAGAUCUCGUCAGAGACGCAAUAGUAGUAGAGAUUUUGAGGACUCUGAAAAGGAAUCCUGCCCAAGGAAUGAUGAAAAUGAUGAUGAGGAGGAGGAUGAUUAUGAAUAUGAUGAAGAUGGAGAUGAUUAUAUUAUUGAUGACUUUGUAGUUCAAGAUGAGGAAGGUGAUGAAGAGAAUAAAAGCCAGCAAGGAGAAAAAUUGACUACAUCACAACUGAAAUUAGUAAAACAGAAUUCUCUUUAUUCUUUUAGUGACCACUAUACUCACUUUGAAAGAGUUGUGAAGGCUCUUCUGAUCAAUGCUUUAGAUGAAUCUUUUCUGGGAACAUUGUAUGAUGGCACCAGGCAAAAAUCAUAUGCACAAGAUAUGUUGACAUCUCUUCAUUACUUGGAUAACCGCUUUGUUCAGCCUCGUCUAGAGAGUUUAGCUUCUAGAAGUCGCUGGAAAGAGCAAUACAAGGAACGGGUGGAAAAUUAUUCUAAUGUAAGUAUUCACUUGAAGAAUCCUGAAAACUGUUCCUGCCAAGCUUGUGGAUUGCAUCGCCACUGCAGAUACUCAGUGCAUUUAUCAGGAAAGUUGUAUAACACCAGGACCAUGGAAAUAGAUGAUUUCAUGUCACAUGAUAAACAGGUGUUUACUGUUGGCAGAAUUUGUGCUAAUCGCACCAGAAUUUAUCAUAAACUGAAACAUUUUAAGUUCAAGCUGUACCAGGAAUGUUGCUCCAUUGCAAAGACAGAAGAAGUUGAGGAUGAACAGGUUAAGGAAACAGUGGAAAGAAUUUUCAAUCAGUCAAAGGAAAGUGGCUGGAUUAAGGAGAACAGUUCUUGUGACCCGAGAGUGAAGAAGCACCUGGUGCCAAUCUGAGAAAUAUGGUCAACUUCAAGAAUAUCUAAAUUUGGCGGAUUACUUUCAAGAUGAGAAGUUUGACUGAAUUGUAACACAUUUCCUUCAGAGAAGAUUUUAUAAAUUCCUGUAAAUGUGAAGAUCAUGAGUCUUGUUUCUCUGUAUCAUGUGACGUAUUUAUAUAUUUUAUGUGUACUUUCAUGGCAAAUAUCUUGUUUAAAACAUAUGUUCAUCUCAGUUUCCAUGAAAUGGCACUCUACAGUUAAACAAAAGUUUUGUCUGCUGUACAUAGAAGACAUAAGCCCAAUAAUUUUUAAGUAAAGAGUAUUUUAAAGUUCUAAAACAGGCCUUUAUAACAGAUGAUUAUCAGUAAAUGAGCUGUUCAUGUCCUGUCAGCUUAGUAGGCAAAUACUGUAUUUUAAAAAUGAGUCCAGACUAACAUCUACAUGUAUUUGUUAUUGAAUCCCUGGCCAGAUUUGUUUAUUAUCCUUUCACAGUAUUAAAUGAUCUGCACUGAUACAUUCUUUAUUACUGUCAUUACCUAUAUCAGUGGGCCAUGGAAGAAACCUCAUGUUUCAUUCAGUUCAAUCCCCUCGAGUUAGAAUCAGACUGUAAUUUACCCAUUCUAAAGAGGAGUGCUUUUCUCCGGUUCUGAAGUUUCCUUUAGAAACAGAGCUCAGGCCUCCGGAGGCUUUCAACACUCACAUUCAGGAAUAAUUUUGUGAUACGUUUUUUUUAUGCUUCAUAAUGUUCUUUUGAUUUUUUAUUCGAUUUGUGUACAUGUUAAUGGUUAAGAUAUAUUUUAUUUAUUUUUAUUCAUAACCUUUCCCAUAUAUGUAUUUACAUUACAAUCCAAAGAUCUCAGAGAGUCAAAUUCAGCCAAAAAUAGUUUAAAAGCAUACUUUGGCAUCUGCACUGCUUUGCACAUCUAAGUUUCCCCAUAAUAUAAUAAAGUAAAAUGGUGUCAUACUGAC